GGUAGAGAGUACUUAACAGCCCACCUUUGCCAUCUACCGUUUGUCUACUCUACCUCUCUCCCAAAAUCUUGGACAGUCAAUAAUACCAGAUCUACUUCGUAUAUCUCUGUCUCUUGUGCUAACAAAUCUCAAUCGACAUGGGCGCUGAUUGUUGUGGUGGCAAAAAGCCGCUCCCGCCUACUGAAGAGGCUCAGGACUCCUGCUGUGAUGAUUCAUCGGUGAGCGAUUGCAAUAAGAGUAUCGCUUGCUGCUCUCCCGGUAAUGAAAAGUGUAAUGAGGAGUGCCUUCUCUCCGUUGCUGCUACACUAUGUGCCGAAGAGGUUGGCCAUCAUACCACCGGCCACAAUGCCUGCUGUGGUACCGGAUGCUCUGAGAAACAACAAAAGUCUGCUUGUGAUGCCCAUCUCCAGAUGGCUUUUGAUCGAUACCAGUCUUUCUUGGAUGACGUCCGAUGUAUCUGUCGUAACAUGAUAGAGCGUGGGUACAAGUCUUGUUGCAAGCCUUCUGAAGGCGAGACCAACCCGAAGACCAAGGCGAAAGUCUAUCCAAGCCAGGGUAGUUGCAAGGUGACUGAGGAAGAUUGCUGUCGGCCUGCGCCUCCGCUUGCAGCGGAGCCUGCAAUUGCCGCAAAGGCAGGUUGUUGCUCUGCUGACGGAAGGAAAGGUCAGCGCCAGUGUUGUGGUAGUACUCAAGAGCCUGCCGCAGCUUCAAGUGAUCGGGAACAGUCCGAUGAUUGCUGCAGCGGCAAGAAACGAACCAACGACUGUUGCAGUAGUAAGAAGACGACACCAGGAAACGCUGUUAUCAACCAAGGACCUCGCAACUGUUGUUCUACCGAACAGAAGCCUGAUGAUAGUUGCGCUAACAAGCGUGGAACUGGUGACUCUUGUUGCGGUAACAAGACGCUCAGCUGCUCUAUCAAUACUAGUCCACCCAUGGCAUGUCGCGAUGAGUGCUGUGGAGGUACUGGCACACCCUCACCAGACCCGUGUUGCGCGAUAGAGAAACAGGACCCAGGCGCAGAUCCUCGAAUGGGAGAGAAAGAUCAAGUCAUAGACAUCGAGAGCGCCAACGGCCAGGCAGUUCGCAUUGGGGUUUCUGGUAUGACCUGCAAUGGCUGUAGUGAGAACCUGUCACGGAAUCUCGCCGCAAAUGGCGGGCGUAACAUCCGAGUCAAUUAUCUACAAGGCCAUGCGGAUUUCACUAUUGAGAACGGCCUGAGCGUGGAGACACUUAUAGCAAAGACACGAGAAGCCACUGGAUUUCAGAUCACGAUCAUGGGUGGUGAUGAGUCAAUUACUGUCCUCGCCCCUACUUCGGCCGCAUCUACAGCUCUCGGUCAGGUCGAUUUAGAGGGCAUUAAGAAGGUAGUGGUUCUGAACAAGAGGACUGUUCGCAUUGAUUACGACCCCACAAUCAUAGGAGCUAGAGAUCUCUUUCGCGAGAUCGGACAUUUACAGGUCGCCCUUGCGCCUCCUCAGAAGGAUCAACAGUUUGCCUCAGGACGUAAGCGUUUUAUCAAACUUCUAGUGCAGACAACUGCCUCGUUUGUUUUUACCAUUCCUGUGCUGGUUCUUGCCUGGGGCGAGACUCGUGUGGAGGAAAACACGAAAGCAAUUGUCUCCUUAGUCUUGGGCAGUUUGGUUCAACUGCUGGCCGUGCCCGCUUUCUACAAGCCUGCCCUUAAGUCCUUGAUUCUAUCCGGCACACUUGAACUGGAUAUGCUAGUAGUAGUCGCCAUCACGGCUGCAUAUGCCUAUUCUAUAGUAGCGUUUGGUUAUCUCAUAUCAGGCAGACCCCUAGAAACCGCUUCGUUUUUCGAAACAAGCUCGCUUCUCAUCUCCUUGAUAAUGCUUGGCCGUCUUGUUGCUAGCUAUGCCCGCAUUCGAGCUGUGGCGUCGGUAUCAGUCCGGUCUUUGCAAGCCAGCACUGCGACUCUUCUUGAGAAUGGACUGGAACGCGAGAUUGAUUCCCGACUCCUGCAGUUCGGUGAUAUCUUCAAAGUCACGCCCCAUAGCCGAGUCCCAACGGAUGGUAUUGUUAUAUCAGGAGUCAGCGACGUCGAUGAAUCUAUGGUUACAGGAGAAAGCCUCCCGAUCACCAAAGGGCCUGGCGCAGAUCUUAUUGCCGGCACCACCAAUGGUUCCGGCACGCUUGUCGUUCAGCUAACUCGACUUCCUGGGAAGAACACAAUAACGGAUAUAGCUCAGCUUGUGGAAGAUGCUAGUAGCUCGAGACCGAGAGUUCAAGAAAUCGCCGAUAGAGUGGCGAGCUGGUUCUUGCCGACAGUACUAACGAUAGCAGUAGCGGUUUUCAUCAUUUGGACUAUUGUUGGCAUUAAAGUGAGAAAUCAAACAGGUGGUGAGGCUGUUGCCACUGCUAUUACGUACGCUGUUGCCGUCCUCGCCGUUUCCUGCCCCUGUGGUCUAGGUCUAGCUGUUCCCAUGGUCCUCGUCAUCGCUAAUGGAAUAGCCGCGCGUCACGGUGUAAUCAUCAAAUCGGCCCAGUGCACCGAACGAGCGCGUGGGAUCACCGAUGUGGUUUUUGACAAGACUGGUACUCUUACGGAGGCGACUCUAGACGUGGUUGCUGAAGAAUACUUUGGUCACGAGACAACGAAGGCCCAUGCCAUCACACAGGCGCUUAUCGGCGACAGCCAGCAUCCAAUUUCUGUGGCUGUGGCAAAGCAUCUUGGGCCUGAUACUCAACCAUCCUCCCUAGUUACUGGCGUGCAAAGCAUUCCCGGAGCUGGCAUUGAGGGCUAUAUUUCUGGCGUUGUAGCUCGUGCCGGAAAUGCCAACUGGACCUGCAGCGAUGAUUUGCCAGAAGUCCGCAGGAUGCAAGAUGCUGGUAUGAGCAUACUUGUGGUAACACAAGGGUCUACUCCUAUUGCCGGCUAUGGUCUACGAACACGGCUUCGAUCUGAUGCAGCCGCAACCGUUGCGAAACUGCGUGAAGAUGGUAUCAACGUUCACCUUGUCUCUGGAGACCAAAACAAAGCUGUACAAGCGAUCGCGGCGGCCGUAGGUAUUGACCGAAUGAAUGUCGUCUCACAGCAGAACCCUCAACAGAAGCAAGACUACGUCGCUGCACUUAUGGCGCGGCCAGGUAAAGUGGUCGUGUUCUGCGGAGAUGGCACGAAUGAUGCAGUGGCUGUCGCUCGGGCCGAUAUUGGUGUGCAACUCAGCGACACCAUUUCGAGCGAAGUCACACGCAGUGCUGCUGACGUGGUCCUGCUCUCCGGGCUCAGCGGCAUCCCUUUCCUGAUCGAAGUGAGUCGUGCUGCGUUUGUGCGUACUACAUUCAACUUCGUCUGGUCGGCCAUUUACAAUGUCUUUGCCAUCCUCCUUGCGGCUGGCGCCUUUGUCCGGAUUCGUAUUGCACCAGCUUAUGCCGGUGCUGGCGAACUUGUUAGUAUUCUACCUAUCAUCAUUGCUGCUUUGACAAUGCUGCUGCUCAAUCUUCGCCCGAACUGAAUAAUGGCCUUCCCGGCACUGUCAUUCUGAUUUCCGGAAGCUACACGCUUACGUGCUUGGGCAUACUCAACGGGAAAGCUGACUGGUGGACUCACAAUCCUGAUUCCUGGUGGACGUCGAGAAGAGCUAUAAUAGUAGGUACUAGAACAACACUUAAUUUUCUUGGCCGUGAUCUAUGCUUGUGUAUGAACAACGUGGCUUGAGAUCUAGAGCCAUCAACUUGACGUAGCUGACUAGCUAAAAGCACAAACAUUAAUUAAAAGUGAACAUGUUCGGUUUUCUUGGGCUUGUAACUCGUCGAAGCGAUAUUAGGGGCUGGGAUGCGAGCUGGUGUCACGUAUAGAGGAUAAUUUGGUGUGUUAGGCAAGGAAUGGCAAUGAGCCUAUAGCAAAAGUAUUGAUUAUGUGUGAUAUGAAUAAUGCGAUGUGGAAUGGACAAUAGAGGUUGGCAUGUCAGAAAGGGAAGGCGGUGAUACUUGCGUUCCAC